AUGGGAAGAGACUACUAUGCAACCCUGGAAGUCAACAGAAGCGCCACUGAUGUAGACGUCAAAAAAUCGUACCGGCGACUUGCGCUGAAAUACCACCCGCACAAGAAUUUCUCGCCAGACGCAUAUGAAAAAUUCAAUCAACUUGCAGAGGCCUAUGAUGUUUUAAGUGAUCCUCGAAAAAAGGCCACCUAUGAUAAGUUUGGAGAGGAAGGCCUUAAAGGUGGCAUUCCAGUGGAGCUGGACAACGGAGCGUGGACAUCAGGAUAUGUCUACCACGGGAACCCGGAAAAGAUUUUCAAGCAGUUCUUUGGAGGAGACAAUCCCUUUUCUGAUUUUCACAGUGAGAAUGGCGAGGACAUGAACGUUGAAUUUGGGGGCUUGUGUGGGAGAGGGGUGAAGAAACAGGACCCGCCCAUCGAGAGAGAUCUUCAUUUAGCUCUGGAGGACCUCUUUUACGGCUGCACCAAAAAGAUCAAAAUUUCACGGCGGGUUAUGAAUGAAGAUGGACAUACGUCCAGCAUCAGAGACAAGAUCCUGACCAUCACUGUAAAACCAGGGUGGAGUGAAGGGACGCGGCUAAUGUUUCCUAAGGAAGGAGACCAGGGACCUAACAGCAUUCCAGCAGAUAUUGUUUUCAUCAUACGAGAAAAAAGUCAUCCCAGAUUUACUCGGCAAAACAACAACCUGAUUUACACAGCCACUAUUUCUCUGGAGAAGGCUCUGACUGGGUUCUCAGUGGAAAUUGAGACACUAGAUGGCAGACUUCUCAGCAUCCCUGUCAACGACAUUGUCCACCCUAAAUACAGUAAGGUGGUGACAGGGGAGGGGAUGCCUUUGGCCAGCUGCCCGACAUCCAGAGGUGACCUCAUUAUCCAGUUUGACACCCGCUUCCCACAAAGGCUCACGGCAGAGAGGAAGAAACUCAUAAGGCAGGCCCUCUCCGCGUGA